CCAGCAAUGUGAUUUUUACAGGAAAUUGUGACAUCAGAAUUUUGAUCUCAGUAACACGAAGUUGCAAGUUCAUUAAAUUGACAACAAGCAUUGAUUGCAAAUAAGAGUACCAUUCACGCACUUCAAGUCCCAAACUCUGUCACCACAAGUUCCUGUUGCUUUCUUCCCUCAUGUUGGAUUGUCCCUGCUGCGCAAAUUGCUUGUUUGCAUGAUGUCAAAGUCAUCCGGUGCCCAUCACAAACAACUGACCGCCACAAUUGCCAGCAAAGCAACAAGCAGGCAUCUGUCCUCGCAACACUGAUGCAUUGCGUCCAAUCAAAGGAGGGCCCUUUGGAGUCCAGACACCACUCUCCUCUUCUGCUGUUUCAAGCCAGUUCAUUGUGGCGGCAAGGCCAGUACUGUGAAUCCGAAUUAAUCAAAUCUCUGUGCAGCAGUCCUUUCUCCCGUGAUACAUCUGUCACACGUUACUUCCGAUUCCACAGUGCUCCUUGCCAUGGCAACCACACCCCUGAUGUCAUCCCCUCAGUAAUGCAUAGGGUCAGCCUGGCAUCAUAG